GCGCUGACCGGGGCCGCCCCGGGACCAGGACCCUCCCAGCUCAGCCCACCGGGCUGCGGGACCGGAGUUCGAAUCCUACCUCGGUGGCAGGCCCCGGCCAUGGACGUCGGGCGCCGCCGGCAGGGGUCAUUGACAUUCAGGGAUGUUGCUGUGAAAUUCACCCAGAAAGAAUGGCGGCACUUGGCACCUUUCCAGAAGGAGCUGUACAGAGACGUGAUGCUGGAGAACUACAGGAACCUGGUCUGCCUCGGACUUACAGUUUCCAAGCCAGAUGUUAUCUCCCAGUUGGAGCGAAGGGAGGCACCCUGGACGCCAGGAGGAAUCCAGAGAAGUAGCUGUCCAGAUUGGGAGGCUGCUCAUGAAGCCAAGGAGUCAGCUCUAAAGCUGCACAUGUCAGUAGAAGAAUCAUCCUUUCGAUGUGAUGCCACAUUAAAGAGGCACCACAACAGUGAGGAAGGAAAAAUGACCCAAAAGAAACUUGCAAAUAAAUUGAGAGGCUGCAAAUAUAACAACUACAAUGGUAGCUUCAGUCUAGGGCACAUCCCUUUUGCACAACACACAUCAUCUGUUGGAAUGAUUCUCCAUAAAUGUGAUAAAAACAGGAAGCACUUCAGACUGUCUACAGACUUAAGAAGACAUAAGAGAAUACAGUCAAAGAAGAUAUUUUCCAAGUAUAGUGAAUAUGUGAAAUUCUUUAAGUAUAACUCAUACUGUAUUGAAAAUGGUAGGCUACGUAAUGGAGAGAAAUGCUAUCAGUGUAAUGAAUGUGGGAAGGCCUUCAGCCAGAAAGCCAGUCUUAGUCAACAUCAUAGAAUUCAUACUGGAGAGAAGCCAUAUGAAUGUAAUGUGUGUGGGAAGGCCUUCCGCCAGAGCACAGGACUUAAGCAACACCAGACAGUUCAUACCGGAGAGAAACGUUAUGAAUGUAAUCAAUGUGGGAAGGCCUUCCGUCUGAGAACGCAGCUGAUUCAACAUUAUAGAAUUCAUACUGGAGAGAGACCCUAUGAAUGUAAUGACUGUGGGAAGGCUUUCCGCCAGAGUGCACAGCUUACUCAGCACCAAACAAUUCAUACUGGAGAGAAACCUUAUGAAUGUGCUGAAUGUGGGAAGGCCUUCCGCCUGAGAACAUUGCUUAUUCAACAUCAUAAAAUUCAUAUUGGAAAGAAACCUUAUAGAUGCAACGAGUGUGGGAAGGCCUUCCGCCUCAGUUCACAGCUUAUUCAACAUCAGACAAUUCAUACCGGAAAGAAACCUUAUGGAUGUACUCUGUGUGGAAAGGCUUUUCAUCAGAGAGCCUUACUUAUGCAACAUCAGACAGUUCACAGUGGGGAAAAGCCUUAUGAAUGUAACGAAUGUGGGAAGGCCUUCCGAAAUAGCACAUGCCUUAGUCAACACCAGACAAUCCAUACUGGAGAAAAACCUUAUCAAUGUCAUGAGUGUGGGAAGGCCUUCCGACUGAGCGCAUAUCUCAUACGGCAUCAGAGAAUUCAUACUGGAGAGAAACCUUUUACAUGUAAUGACUGCGGAAAGGCCUUUACCCACAAUGCAGGACUUUCAUUGCAUAAAAGAAUUCAUGCUGGAGAGAAACCGUAUGAAUGUGAUGAAUGUGGUAAGGCCUUCAGACGAAGAUCGGGGGUUGUUGAACAUAAGAUAAUUCAUACUGGAGAGAAAAUUUAUAGCUGUAAUGAAUGUGGCAGCUUUCGCUGGAGAACCGGACUUAUCCAACAUCAGAGAAUUCAUACUGGAGAGAAACCUUAUAAAUGUGACGUAUGUGGGAAGGCCUAUCGCUUAAGCAAAGGACUUACUCAACAUCAGAAAAUUCACACUGGAGAAAAACAAUAUGGCUGUACUGAUUGUGGGAGUGCCUUCCGCCUGAAAAGACAACUUAGUCAACAUCAAAAGCUUCAUAGUGGCGAAAAGCGUUAUGAGUGUGAUCAGUGUGUGGUCUUCUGCCAGAGUAGAACCCUUAUUCAACAUCACAGAAUUCAUAGUGGAGAAAAACCUUAUGAGUGUCGUGAAUGUGGAAAAGCCUUUCGCUUGAAGACACGUCUUAAUGAACAUCAGACAGUUCAUACUGGUGAAAAACGCUUUGAAUGUAGUGAGUGUGGGAAGGCCUUCCGGCAGAAGACACAUCUUACAGAACAUCUGUCAAUUCACAGUGGUGAGAAACCCUUUGAGUGUAAUGAAUGUGGGAAGGCCUUCCGCUUGAGAACACAGCUUACUCAACAUCACAUAAUUCAUACUGGGGAGAAACCAUAUGAAUGUAAUAUAUGUGGGAAGGCGUUUAGUCACAGGACAGAACGUAACCGACAUUAUAGGAUUCAUACUGGAGAGAAACGUUAUGAAUGUAAUGAAUGUGGGAGGGCUUUCCGCUUGAGCACACACCUUACUCGGCAUAAGAGAAUUCAUACUGGUGAGAAACCCUAUGAGUGUAAUGAAUGUGAGAUGGCCUUCCGCCUGAGGGCCCAGCUUACUCAUCAUCAGAGAAUUCAUACUGGAGAGAACCUUUAGGAGAGUUAUCACUGAGGAAAGGGUGUUCUGCAGAACCAACACCUUUCUCACAUCAUUUAAUACUGAAUAGGGAAAAUUGUCUAUGUAACAAACAUGGAAAGCCUUGAGACACAGCACAGAAUUUAGGAAAUAUCAAGCAAUUCAUACUGAAAAGCCAUACGCAUAUAAUGAAUGUGAGGUUAUAGCUAGAGUACUAACUUUUGCUGGAAAUUAAAGAACUCAAUUUAAAGAGAAACCCCACAGUUGAAGCAGAUACCUAUCUACUUCAUUUUAUUAGCAGGUUUCCUAAAGCUUUUUCUUCCUGCCUAGAGUUUCAUUUCACCUUCCUUACAAAUCCCAGUGCUUACUGCAGUUGACUUAGAUGCUUAAUAAAUUUAAAUUAUCUAAUCUUAGCUUCAUUCAUACUUCAGCAAAUGUGGAUUCUAACUGAAUUUUUUUCUCUUUCUCCUCUUUCCUCUCCCUAACUUCAGCUUAUCUAUUGGCCUCUUUCUUGCUGUCUACAAACAUUCUCAAAUCUCCUGCAUCCUUGAAAAGCUUCACUAGAUGUCUUGUCCCUGAUAGCUGUUCCCCUGUAUCUCUCCUCCCUUUGGCAGCUACAACCUGCUCAAAAAAGCUCAAAAGACCUUGACUGCCUCCAUUUCUUCUCUCACUCCUCAGUCUCUUUCACUGUUGCUUCCAACCUUCUCAGUCAACUGAUAGGCGUGGCUGACUCUAAGAUCACUAGUGAUCCCUCAGUUGUUACCUUGGCCUUUCCUCAUCCUCAGAGUUCUUGAACUUCCUGCAGCAUUGAAUUCCAUUGACCACCGACUGCUGAUGGAGUCUUUCUACUCCCUGGGUCUUUGUGACAUUGCAUUCUCCUGGUUCUCCUACCUAUCUGGCUGCUGCACCUUGGUCUCAUUUUCCGGAUCCUCAUCCAUAUCCCACCCCUAUUUUUAUGAGCGUAUACCAGAAAUCUGUCCUAGACUGCCAUCUAUCUACACUCUCAGAUUUCUUCAUCUCUUGCAUAUUGAACUAAUAAAUCAAUGCAUAUGACUUCUAGAUAUCUCUUGAAGUCCAGUACCAUAUCUUUAAUCACAUAACUAUACAUUUCUUAUUGGGUUCCCUGUAGAACAUGUCCAUAACAAAAUGUCAUUACCUUCCCCCUAAAACUCCUCUUCCUAAGCUCCCUAUUUCCAUUGAGAGGGUCACCAUGCUUUGUUGUUAUUCAGUUGUGUCCAACUCUUCAUGGCCCCAUUUUGGGUUUUCUUGGCAAAAAUACUGGAGU